AUGACCCCCACUAGACCCAGACCAAAUAAUAUUUUAUCACUGCACUCUCGGAAGGUGUUUACAGGAUCUCCAAGGGCUCUUCGGAUUACCUGUCCCAUUGAGGAUUGUGGGAAGGCCUAUACGCGGUACAGUUCUUUGCAUAAUCACAUCAAGACAGAUCAUCAAAUUAAUAUUGAACAACAACAAAAGCUUUUUUCUACAAUUCAUGAACAAAUUAAGGCUGGCGUUGAUGAUGAUUUCAUUCUCAACAACAUACAUGAAGCUUGUUACAAUAAAGAAUUACCACUGAGAGCUUCCAUGAUUACAAAAAAAGAUAUUUGGAAUAUGAAACAGAAAGUUUUACCACCAUACGAAACAUUUAGAAAUAAGAAUGAUUCAACAAGUGUAACUACUUGGGUUAAGGAGAACCAACAAAAAAAAACCUUCAAAGUGUUAUUUUAUAAAGGAAUUAAUACAACUAAUUAUGGACUCGGCAAUGAUGACUUUAUUCUUGUCAUUAUGACAAACAUGCAGGCGCAAACGUUAUUGGAAUUUGGUACAGACAAGAUAUGCGUUGACGGGACGCAUGGGACUAACGGUUAUGGUUUCCAAUUGCAUACGCUUUUGGUGAUUGAUGAAUUUGGGAGUGGGAUACCUGUUGCCUUUUGUUUCUCAAACAGGCAGGAUGAAUUGGUUUUUCAAAUUUUUUUUCAGAAAAUUUCUGAGGCAGUAGGAAAAAUAAAGGCUAAAACUUUUAUGACAGAUGAUGCUCCGGCAUAUUUCAAUUCCUGGUCACACGUUAUGGGUUUGCCAGAAAACAAAUUAUUGUGUUCAUGGCAUGUGUCCAGGAAUUGGAAAAGAGCAUCAGCUGCAAAGAUCAGAAAUAGACAAAGACAGACGCAAGUUUAUGACAAAUUAAUAGACAUUAAAAUGAUUUUAAAUGAAGAGGAAUUCUCGAGCAGUUUAAAUGAUUAUCUGAAGGAGCUUGAAGAAGAUGCACUUACACAGGCAUUUGCAAAAUAUUUCAGGAAGGCUUAUUGUAAGCGCACCAAGACCUGGGCAUAUUGUUUUAGAAAAGGUCUUGGUGUUAAUACAAAUAUGUUUUUGGAAAGCUUCCACAAUCAGUUGAAAAGUAGAUUGAUGAAAGGAAAAUACUGUAAAAGAAUGGACAAAGCGAUAAAAUAUGUACUACUAUAUGAAAGAGAUGUUUUUCAACAAAGGAAUCGAAGGCUGUGUGGUCAUAUACUUUCCACGAGGCAGAGAGAUAUCCACAGCAUCCACACAAGAAGUAGGACAGUACUGCCAGACAAUAUUACGGAGGUCAAGGAAAGUAAAGAAUGGAAUGUGCUUUCAACGACUGCUGAUGUUGCACCAUACGUGGUACGGCUGAACCGUGACACGUGCAAUUCAACAUGCUUGAGGUGCGAGCCAUGUAAAAUAUGUUUCCAUACAUAUUCUUGCACAUGCAUUGACUAUUUAAUUAGAUCAAACAUCUGUAAACAUAUACAUGCAUGUGCAAGAGUAUUCCCAUAUGACACUGGGUUUAAACGUCGGCUUCUAGAAAAAGAUAUGAAAGAAAAAUCAGAGCACUUCAGUAUUCAGAGCACUUCAAGAAUAGAGGAAAUUGAAAACCCAGCAAAUAAUAAUGGAUUUUCUGACAAAACGAAGCACAUGGGAUAUGAAAUUAUGAAAGCUGUAGAAAGUGGUGUGGGUCUUGAAAAGUUGAAAGUUGAAACAUAUUUUACUGAUCUUUUCCAAGAUUUAUCAACAUUUAGAGAAAAUGAAAAAAUUAAUACGAACAAAAAAAUGGAACGCCAAAGAAGGUUUUAA